AUGUAUGCUUUUGUUGCAUUAAAAACGUGCAUUCAAAGAACUCCUGGAACACAGCGUCCAGCGCUCCCGGAGGACGCGGAGGAGGUGAGCGCCCUGCAGGCUCUGCCGAUCGACGUGCAGCUGAACAUCAUGUCCUUCCUCUCGCCCCAAGAUUUGUGCCAUUUGGGAAGCACGAGUUGUUACUGGAGGGCGGCUGUGCAAGACCCGUUGUUGUGGAGGUAUUUUCUCCUGAGGGAUCUCCCCUUUUGGACAUCCGUUGAUUGGAAAUCACUCCCAGAUGUGGAAAUUUUUAAUAAAGCCUUUUCAGAGGUCAGCGAUAGUGCGCUGUACGAUUACAUGGCAGUAUAUAAAAAAAGCUGUCCUCAGAGUAGAAGAAGUUUGAAAUCAAGCCGUCCCCGGUAUGGGGCUGUGACUUCCUUUUUGCAAUCACUGGUCACUCAGGCAGAACCUCGCUUUGCUAUGUUUGGGCCGGGUUUGGAAGAGCUGGACGACUCUUUAGUGCAAAAGAUGAUGACAUGCCCAGAAAUUCUGCUAGUAGCUGGCCUACCUCAAAGACAAAUUCAUGGAAUUGGAUCAGGAGUCAGUUUUCAGUUUAAUCACAAUCAAAAAUUCAAUAUUCUGACAUUGUAUUCAACCACCAGUGUGGAAAGGAGGAGAGCGAGGGCAGAGCAAGCUGUUGCUGUGAAUAAGAUGUUCUACCAAGAGAACAGCAUAGUAGGGAAUCAGCGAGCCGUGCACUACAGUGUAAUAGCUCAAGUGAAAAAGGUGUGCGAAGUAGUUGAUGGAUUCAUUUAUGUUGCUAAUGCAGAAGCUCAUAAAAAGCAUGAUCGUCAAGAGGAACUGGCUCGUAUUUUGGCAAUGAUUGAUCCAGCCCUCGGGCCUCCGAACAGACCUCUGCUAGUUUUGUCUUGCAUCUCUCACAUUGGUGUGAAAAGAAUUCCGUGUGUUUACAUGGCACACCAGUUGCAACUAAAUCUGCUACGUCAGCCCUGGAUGGUGCAGGACACUGUAGCUGCAACUUUAGCUGGAUUGCUAAAUGGAAUUGAGUGGCUCCUGGAAGAAGCAAAUUGUAAAAAUGCACAGUAA